AUGAAACGCGGUCUUCCCGAGAAACGGCGGAUUCCCAACGUCAAGAAAGUCAUCCUCGUCAGCAGCGCCAAGGGCGGCGUAGGCAAGAGCACCCUCUCAAUCAACCUGGCUUUGGCAUUGGCGAGGCAGGGUCUCCAUACGGGUAUCCUCGACGCGGAUAUCUAUGGACCGAGUAUCCCCACCUUACUCAACCUCGAAGACCACUCCCCAGAACUCACGCCGACCUCCACCCUCCUCCCGCUGACAUCCUACGGCCUCUCCGCCAUAUCCAUGGGUUUCCUCGUCCCGCAACACAAACCCAUCGCAUGGCGGGGCCUGCUCAUCCAAAAGGCGCUGAACCAACUCCUCUUCGAAGUCUCCUGGCCGUCGACGCUGGACGUUCUCGUCAUCGACCUGCCCCCCGGAACCGGCGACGUCCAGCUGACAAUCAUGCAGAGCGUCAUCCUCGAUGGCGCGAUCGUGGUGAGCACGCCGCAGACCCUGGCGCUGAGGGACGUGCAGAGGGGCGUCGCGAUGAUGGGCACGAUGGGCGUGGAGGUUUUGGGCCUCGUGCAGAAUAUGAGUGGGUUCGUGUGUGGCGGGUGUGGGAUGCGCCAUGAGAUUUUCGGGAGCGAUGGCGUCAAGAAAAUCUGCGGCGAAUUGGAUGUUCCUUUCCUCGGCGAGAUCCCCCUCAAUGCAUCCAUCUGUGCGGAUGCCGAUGUGGGUAAGCCGACGAUGGUGGCCAGUCCGGAAUCGCCUUCUGCCGAGGCGUUCAUGGCUGUUGCGGAGAAAGUGCGCAGGGCGAUUGAUAUCUAA